UUUAGUGUUGCCGACGAGACGCAGAUUUUUAUGGCCACUUUCCUCGUGGAGUAAGCCACACUCGUUGAAAAAUACCUAACUCUCAGUCUACUGAAACAUGUAUAAACUAAAGUCGUUUCGUGUAUUUUUAAAUGAGCGUUUAACGGUGGCUGCUGUGGAGAUUUUCGGGGCAGCUGAGAAAACGGUAGUGGAGUACCAGGAGGAGAAUGAUCGUCUACGGAGACUGCUGCGGAUCACACCGGAGAUAAAACUAUAUAGAAUAGACCUGCAGCUCUCUCUUGCUGUCGCUGAAGAGGAGGUUCCCUCUGAGCUGCAGCACUGUGAGCAGGAGUGGAGCGCCAGUCUGGGGCAGCAGGAUCCAGAGCACACACAGAUUAAAGAGGAACAGGAGGAACUCCGGGCCAGUCAGGAGGAAGAGCAGCUUGAAGGGCUCUUUGAUACGAACGAUUCCAUAUUCACUCCUCCUUAUGUGAAAAGUGAACUUGAUCAGGAGGAACCACUUCACAAAGCCAUACUAGCUGAAUACCCAACUCUCAGUCGACUGAAAAUGUCUAAACUAGAGUCGUUUCGUGUGUUUUUAAAUGAGCGUUUAAAGGCAUCUGCUGCUGUGGAGAUUUUCAGGGCAUUUGAGAAAAUGGUUGCGGAGUACCUGGAGGAGAAUGAUCGUCUACGGAGACUGCUGCGAAUCACACCGGAGAUAAAACUAUGUAGAAUAGACUCCCUGAAGCUCUCUCUUGCUGUCUCUGAAGAGGAGGUUCCCCCUGAGCAGCAGCGCUGUGAGCAGCAGUGGAUCCCCAGUCUGCAGCAGGAGGACCUAGAGCCCACACAGAUUAAAAAGGAACAGGAGGAAUUGGGGACCAAUCAGGAGAAAGAGCAGCUCUUUGAUGCCGAAGACUCCAUAUUCCCUCCUUCCUGUGUGAAAAGUGAAUGUGAUCAGGAGGAUCCACUUCAGUGCUUGACUCUUCCCCAAACCCAGACUGUGGAAAACAGAGAGAGUGACACUAAAUCAGUGGAUCUCACACCUUUUGUAACCGUGACUCACAUAAAGGAUUUCAAAAUUCCCUGUGCCCCUCCAGAUGAUCAAAACGUAGCCUCCAGCCAGAGCUCAGCCGAAAGCAGCGACCCAGUAGGACUUGACAGCAGACCACAAUUGCAUCCUUGCCCACUAUUGGAUCCAAACCUAUCAAUGGGGGAACAUUAUUCCAAACUUAGCAACAUGUCUAGAAAAACUCACCGCUGCCGUGACUGUGGUAAAAAGUUUGCUCUGAAACCUGACUUGCAGAAUCAUUUGACUCUCGCCAAGAAGAGACUCAGCGAAUGUCAGUUUGGCAAAAAACGCUUCAACUCCACUUGUGAACUGAAGACCCAUGUCCGACUCUGUCAAGGUGGCAAACCCUGCACCUGCCCUGUUUGUGGCAAGACCUUCAAAGAAACAAAAUUUCUGUCCAGGCACAUGAGGAUUCACACUGGAGAGAAACCAUUUAGCUGUGUUGACUGCGGUAAAAGCAUCACUCUCAAGCAACUCACAAAUGUGGAAAUUCUGGAGAUUUUUGUCAAUUCUGACAAUGAGUCUGAGUAUGAAACGGAGGAAUCAGAUUCUGACAGUGACUGUAAGGAGCUGCCGCCAAACCUCAUGGGCAUUGAGAACCCUGAAUCUGAGGACCCCUUGACCACCGACAAAGUCCCAGGUCCCUCUGAAGAUGCUGGUGGUGAAGGAGGCACACCAACAGUGGGUGAAGUACUGGAGGUCUGCGGUAGCUGGAAGGCCACCAGCCAUUUCACCCCUCCUGGCCUUGCUGUUGGCUUUGAUGAGUCCCAGUCUGGAGUAAAAAGCCCCUUUUCAUCUCCCUCUGCAGCAGAGUGCUUCAAGCUGUUUCUGACAGAGAAGCUGAUGGGAGACAUAGUGGAGGAGACUAAUCGCUAUGCCUUGGAGCUGCUGGAGAGGAGAGAGCCAGGAGUGAGGGGGAAGCUUGCUAAAUGGGUGACAACCACAAUUAGUGAAAUGUAUACCUUCCUAGUGACAGUCCUUCUCAUGGGAAUAGUGAAGAAGAACUCUCUAAGGGAAUACUGGUGCACGGAUCCUAUGUUUGCAACUCCAUUCUUUGCCACCCUCUUUUCCCAAGACCGCUUCCUAGUCCUGCUGCGAUGCCUGCAUUUCGUCAACAAUGCUACUGCCAACCUAAAUGACCCCUUACACAAAAUAAGAAAUGUUCUUACCAGCCUGACAUCAGCAUUCGGUCAGGUCUUUAUGCCAUACAAGGACUUAUGCAUUGACGAGUACUUGAUGUUAUGGAAGGGUAGGCUGGCAUUCCGUCAAUACAUUCCCUCCAAAAGGCACAGGUUUGGGGUGAAGUUAUUUUUUUUGUGCGAUGUGAAGACAGGAUUUGUCCAGGACAUUAUAGUUUACACAGGGUCCACCACUGACGUCCAACAUUAUGAAGGGCUUGGGGUGUCCGGGUCCGUGGUGAUGACCAUGCUGGCUCCUCAUCUCGGGAGGGGCCACACUUUGUAUGUGGACAAUUGGUACAGCAGUCCCACACUCUUCCAGCAUCUGCUCUCCAACAGCACAGGAGCCUGUGGCACAGUCCAAUCAAACAGGAAGGGGAUGCCGUCAUUUGGAAGCAGGAAGAUGCAGAGGGGAGAGGUGGAGUUCAAGGAGAACGGUCAACAGCUGGCAGUAAAGUGGCAUGACAAACGAGACGUACAUGUUCUUUCCACUGUCCAUACAGCAACCAUGUCACCCACAGGGAAGUUUGACCACCUGACAGGUGAGCGGAAGAUCAAACCAGACUGUGUGCUUGACUAUAACCGCAAAAUGGGGGCAGUGAAUAAGGCAGACAUGAUAAACCGCUUUGUGGCAUGCGCCUGGAAAACCACCAAGUGGUAUAAGAAGAUAUUUUUCCAUCUGAUCGACACUGCUGUCCUCAAUGGCCACAUAGUUCACCGCCAGCUAUCAGGUGAGGUGAUUACCUACCAAAAGUACAGAGAGAACCUCAUGAGAGAGCUGCUGGAGGAGCACCACACCCCUCGGCGUCCACCCACUGGGGGCCGUCCUGCUGCAGACAAUCCCUUACGCCUCAAUGCACGGCAUUUUCCCUCAAAAGUCCCUCAAACUGCUGCACAAGGUAGUCGCACACGGAGGCACUGCAAAGUCUGCCUUUCCAGCACCAGGAGAAGGAAGCAGAGGAAGUUGACAAAGUACAUGUGUGUACCUUGCGACAUACCCCUGUGUGUUGCGCCGUGCUUUGGGGAGUACCAUACGCUCAAGCACUAUUGAGCACAUCUGCAGAAAUUACUGACUGACUGAAUUGAAAGGUGACCUGCCAUGAUACAAUGACUUUAGGGGUGGGGAUGCAGUUUUUGUUCAACCGCUACGUGAAUAUUGAAAUAUGGGCUAGGCAUGUUUGUAAUGAAAUGACAGUUGUCAUUGUCUUUUCUUUAAAAAAAAAUCCUCCAGUAAAACUGUAAAGAAGUGUACGUUCAAAGAGUAUGUUGUUAGAAUACAAAAGCUGGCCUCAAUCUUCGGAAACAGAUGUCAGCAACUCCAUUUCCAGUUAUGAUGUUGGCAAAUUGCGUUCAAUAUUGUUUGUUUCUGAAAGUAAAGAAUAUAGAUGAGUUAUUAGUAAUUGCAAUAGAAUAUCAGGAAUUAGCAAUAAAACAACAUUACAAUGAAGUAACAUUACACUGCUAUAAGAAUAUUAAGUUGCAUUUACAACAUGUAUAUAUGCACCAGUAAUUGAAUAGCUCCACAAGGGGGCAGGGCAGAGCUAUGUUUAACAGGCUAAAUAAAUACACAGGCUUGAUCAUGAGGGCAGCUUCAAAAGGAUACAACACAAGCUUAUACUUCUCUGACAUGAUUAGCAGUUUUUUACAGAACUAAGGGAAGAAUGUACAUAAGCACAAUUCAGUAUAACACCAUAAAGGUUAUGCAAUUAGUACCUCGCAUGUCUGCAGUUAUAAAGGAAUAGACAGAAUACAUAUUGCUCCAUACAUGCAUAUCUUGUGCUACAGUUGAAAUUAGUUAAAACGAUAAUACAGAAACUAUUAUGCUAAGGUAAAUAACGCACACGUGUACAAAGUAAUUAUUAUUAAAGAAAACAACAUCGAAGGCAAUGCGGGUGCCAGCGGCAACACCUGCCAGGGGUAAAACGUUGGGGCAGGUUUUGUUCUGACUGGAGAUGCACAAAUGUCUGCAUUCUUGACCUGGGCAAACCCUGGGGGACUGCUUGGGCUCAUCCAAGAGAGAAGUUGUCUGGCUCAUUUAAACUUUUGCAUAGCAUGUCUCAAAUGUAAAUUUCCCGCGACAGUGAAAUGGGCUAGCAACUUCUGUGUAAUAAUGAGGCGGAAUGCACCUAAUUUCAGAGUGACAUUUGAAGAUAAUUUGAAAUUGACAAAUUGAAACAGCCUAUAGAUCAUUAGUGUAACGGAUGUGAAAUGGCUAGCUAGUUAGCGGGUACGCGCUAGUAGCAUUUCAAUCAGUUACGUCACUUGCUCUGAGACUUAAGUAGUGUUGCCCCUUGCUCUGCAAGGGCCACGGCUUUUGUGGAGCGAUGGGUAACGACGCUUCAUGGGUGACUGUUGAUGUGUGCAGAGGGUCCCUGGUUCGCGCCCGUGUCGGGGCGAGGGGACGGUUUAAAGUUAUACUGUUACAUUGAUGCUGUUGACCGGAUCACUGGUUGCUGCGGAAAAGGAGGAGGUCGAAAGGGGGGUGAGUGUAACGGAUGUGAAAUGGCUAGCUAGUUAGCGGGUACGCGCUAGUAGCAUUUCAAUCAGUUACGUCACUUGCUCUGAGACUUAAGUAGUGUUGCCCCUUGCUCUGCAAGGGCCGCGGCUUUUGUGGAGCGAUGGGUAACGACGCUUCGUGGGCGACUGUUGUUGAUGUGUGCAGAGGGUCCCUGGUUCGCGCCCGUGUCGGGGCGAGGGGACGCCCUAAAGUUAUACUGUUACAUUGAUGCUGUUGACCCGGAUCACUGGUUGCUGCGGAAAAGGAGGAGGUUGAAAGGGGGGUGAGUGUAACGGAUGUGAAAUGGCUAGCUAGUUAGCGGGUACGCGCUAGUAGCAUUUCAAUCAGUUACGUCACUUGCUCUGAGACUUAAGUAGUGUUGCCCCUUGCUCUGCAAGGGCCGCGGCUUUUGUGGAGCGAUGGGUAACGACGCUUCAUGGGUGACUGUUGAUGUGUGCAGAGGGUCCCUGGUUCGCCCCCGUGUCGGGGCGAGGGGACGGUUUAGAGUUAUACUGUUACAUUAGCACGCAGUGUGCUGUGCUUUGAAGGCAGCAGGGGUUAACUGUCCUGUUGUGUAACAAUCACAUUUUGGUACAGAGAGCGCAUUCUGACAUCACAAGCAUAAAAACAGACAUUUGGAACUCCGGUGUGAAAAGGAAAAACAUUUAUACUUUCCAGAAAAUCUAUCCUUCUGUCCAAGAGUAUUUUUCAUCCAUUUUGACCCUAUGGUACUCAUUCAUGAUAUUGUUUGAAAUGGAACAUUUUGGGAAGUAAUUAUAUACAGUGGAGUCGUAAGUGCAAACUGUUUAAAGAGAUAUUCCAGAGGCUUGAAAACGAUCUCGUUAUUAUUAUUUUUUCAACCUCCCGUUUUGGACUUGAUGUGUCAAUGUAUGGCUCAUACAUGCAUAAUAAACAAUCUACAAUCUACCUGACAGUUAGUGCUUGUACCUGUCAUGUAGUGAAUGUGUGCGCUCUGAAGUCACAGGGCUGCAUGGGUUUACCAUUAGUUAUCUUAAUAACAGCGAAAAUACACUGAACAAAAAUAGAAACGUAACAUGUAAAGUGUUGGUCCCGUGUUCAUGAGCUGAAAUAAAAGAUCCCAGAAAUGUUACAUACAAAAAAUGUAUUUCUCUAAAAUCUCAAAUAUAAAAUAUAUCUUGAUUUGUUUAACCCUUUUCUGUUUACUACAUGAUUCCAUAUGUGUUAUUUCAUAGUUUUGAUGUCUUCACUAUUAUUUUACAAUGUAGAAAAUAGUACAAAUAAAGAAAAACCCUGGCAUUA